AUGAAGAACAGAUUCGACGUUGAGCCGUGCAUGAAGCACUACGGUUGCAUGGUGGACCUCCUGGGGCGAGCCGGGAUGGUGAGGCAAGCGUAUGAAUUCGUGAAGGCAAUGCCAGUGGAGCCAGACAUCGUCAUGUGGAGGGCUUUGCUGGGGGCGUGCAGAAUCCACGGCCAUGAAGAACUCGGCGAGGAAGUUGGGAAGAUUCUGCUGCAGUGGGAGAAGAGAUCGGCAAGGAGGGGUAGGGGUGGUUGUGAAGACUUCAUUGCAUUGUCAAACAUGUAUGCUUCAGCUGAGAGAUGGGAGGAUGUUUCAACAAUUAGAAGGGAGAUGAAGAAAAAUACAACAGGAAAUAGACCAGGUCAGAGUACAGUCUGA